AUGAGUUGUUCAUCACCCACCAAUUUUGACGAUUUUGAAUCGUUAUUUGCUGAUCACGAUGAAGGACUAGAGAGUCUGUAUCAGAGCCCAACUGGUGCCAGUAUGGCUUCAUCGAAUAGUAGUGGAACGGAUCAUUCAUCAUCAAAUCAACAACAGCAAGCACGUCAAGACCCAAUCACCUAUGAUGUUCUUAGUGAUGGAUAUGCCUUCGGCUUGAAUGAAUUUGAUCUUUCCCUGCAAUCAUUGCCUGCCCAAAAGCAAAAGACAGGUGAUUUGGCUGCGGCUAAUCCAUUCUUCUCUCAAGCAACUAAUGCCUUCAAUCCUCUCACUGGAUUUGUCUAUCCAGCAACAACAACAACUACUAAUGGAAAUGUUGCAACCACCAAUCCAACCAAGAAUGCCUUUGGUGCUACUACAGCUUUCAAUCCCCAAUUCCCAAUGAAUCAGCUCGGAAUGUACUUCCCACAGGCAUUCCCUUUCCCUCAAUUUGGAGGUCAACCAUUCCCAAGUUGCUUCCCUAAUACAUUGGCUUUCUCUUCUCCCAAUAUAUCACCAAUUAUGCCCGUAACAUUGAAUACAAGCCCAAUCAAUAAUACAACAACAACAUCACAAAACAACAAUACAACUAAUAGUAUUGAAAAUGGCAAAACAAAGACUGCCAGAAGAAAGACUAGUAACACUAAGAAGAACACCAAGUCUUCGACUAGUAAUAAUAAUAACAACAAUACUCAAACCUCUUCGACUGAUAGUAGUGAUUCCAAAGCAACAACAUCUCCAUCUGAUUCUGUUACCCAAACAGCAACAACAACAGCCAAUUCUGCCACAUCACCAGAAUCGAUCGAAUCAACCGCUCUGAGUCACUCUUCUGACAAUGACUCUGCAUCAUCCUCUGGAAAGAAAUCAUCUUCUGACAAUGAAAAGAAGAGAAAGAGAAAAACAAAGGGAUCUCCUGCAACUAAUUCUACUCCAGAAAAAGCUUUAACACCAGAAGAAGAGAAGGAAAUGAAGAGACAGCGUCGUCUCAUUAAAAACCGUGAAUCUGCUCAAGCAUCGAGAGAGCGUAAAAAAGUAUACAUCCAAGGUUUGGAAAAGAAGGUUGAUGGAUUGGCUCAAGAGAAUUCUGAAUUGCAUAAUCAUUGCUCGGCUCUUGAGCAAGAGAAUGAAAUUCUCAGACAACGAUUGAAAAUGCUGGGUGAAGUUGUCGAAGAACCAUCAACUAAGAAGAGAAAGAUGUCUCCCUUCGCAAUGAAGGUGCCAAUUCCUUCAAAUCCAUUCAUGCUUGACUUCUGGAGCUUAUUUGGAAUGGGAGCAAUGCAACAACAACAAGCUCAAGCUAAUCCAGCAAUGGAUGUGAAUACCAUGAGAAUGGAUCCUCGUGCCUCUACAUCAUCGAGAAGAGUUGUCAUGUUUAUCAUGCUUUUCUGUGUUGCCAUGUUCCUCGUUUUUCCAAGAUCUUCCGAUGUCAAGUUUGACAGCAACAUGAAACCAGAAAUGUCGGUUGACGAAGCUACUGCCAAUAGAAUGAGAGUUGCAUCAAGAACCAUUCUUUCAUCAGAACCAGCAGAAAAAGAUACAUCCAUGAUAGAUGUUUCCAUAGAGCCUACUCAGAGCAUUGUUGUGGAUGAUGAGUUCAAGAAGAAUGUUGCUGACAUUUACAACUCAUUCUCUGAGCUCAGACAAGCUGCUGCUUCUGAAUCAGUCAAGCAAGAAGAUGGUGAAGAAAGCACUACACCAGUAACUGCUCAAGAAAGAGCUGAAAUGGAUCUUGCUUCUCAAAUCAAUGUUGUUUUUGAUUCUGAUAAGAUUUCCUUGACCUUCCCAAAGUCGAUCCUUGUCAAGAAUGAAGAAGCAGAUGAUGCUAUGGUUGAUGAAACUCAAUCAUCCAAUGCAACAACCGACGGAAAGAUUUCACUUCUCUCCACCAAAUUACUUAGAGAAAUUUGUCGUGUUGUAAGACAAUAA